AUGUCUUCCGAUCCAGUGCAGCUCAAGGAUGAGGGAAACGCGUUGUUUGUGAAGAAAGAGUAUGCAGCUGCCAUCCUUAAAUACACACAUGCGAUCGCGCUCGAUACUAAGAACGCGGUCCUGUACGGGAACCGCGCAGCUUGUCACCUUGCCCUGAAAAAGUGGCUUGAUGCCUCAGGGGACGCGCGUAAGGCUACUGAUCUUGACCAAGGGUAUGCUAAAGGAUGGGGCCGUCUGGCUGCCGCUCAAGACGCCAUGUUGCACUACAACGAAUCUGUGAAGUUCUGGCAAAAAGCCAUCGACGCACUACCCGCGCAGCUAAGCCCUGUAGAAGUGAAGCAGAAGGAACAGUAUGAAGAGGGGCUCAAGGGUGCUAAACGCCGUUUGGAAGACUCGGAGAAGCAAAGCACAUACAUCCGCAUGUCAUCCAGUGACAAAAUACCUUGGAAAGUUGCUAAAGCUCUGCUUCCCGAGUUGCAAGCCAGGGGUCAGGCCGGAGCGCAAUCGAGCGCUUGGGUUAUCUCCGCUGCAUAUGAUGAAUGGAAGGAAGGGAUCGAUUACCUCAAUGGACUCAAACGCAUACCUGUUCCUGGUUCUCAGCAAUAUCGCGUCGUUGGAUGUACACAAGGGCUUGCAUCAUUGUCCAAUGGAAUUUUGCGCGACAGUCGUAUUUUCCAUAUUGACGAUCCGAAGUUUGUUGAAAAAUACAAUGAACAAGUCAUGUUUGAAGUUCAGGCUCUGAGAGCAUUCAGCACAGAGGGUGUGGAAGGCGUCAUUGAAAAGGCCCAGAAACGUCAACGCGAGGAAGGGUGGGAUUCCAUCCGGCCUGCGCUUUCAACUACUGUACGUGCUUGGAUAAUGCAGGGCUUUGUUGUCAAUGGUCUAAAAGGAGAACCCGAACUUGCGGCUAGCCUCCUCAAAAGUGCUGUCGAUUUCUUAUGCUGGGGUCGUGAGGCGUGGAAGGACGUGCCAGACACUAACCGCGGAACUAUCUUCUCGGAUACGUUCCUCCGGGGAGUCCGCACCAUGUAUCUUGACAUGCUUCAUAAUUCAUACUGUAAGAACCCCCGGCCUGAUGCGCUUCAGGCAGUCUACGACGAAGCGAAGGAUCUUCUUGAGGAUGCUAGUGCAGCUUAUGGGAACAUCACUGGGAACUACGAUCCUGGUUUUGUAUUCUCGUUCUACCUCUAUCCACAGGGGAGUGCACUGGCCAUGAUGGGGUAUUAUCAUGCGCAGCUUGGGGAUCAAGCGGCUGAGACCGAUGGGGAGAAGAGCUCGCAUUACAUGCUGGCCGCCGAAAAAUAUGCCGAGGCAGCGAUGAUGUACCCCGAAGAUGACGAACAGCGUGCAUGGUACCUCUCGUGUGCGAUGGGCCACAUGUGGAAAUGUCCUGUGCCCAUCCGGGCGCUCGUGACUAUCGGGGAGAAGCUUCGCGCAGCUGCACCCAAGAUGCGGAGGAUCUGGGAGAAUUCUCAGCUUGCCAAAGGAGGGCGGGAUAAGUCCAUCAAAUUCAACCUUGACAAGGUGGACGAGGCUUUGGCGGCGGUCUCGCAAGGGAAAGUAUCACUCGACGAUUACAUGGCGCUCAAGUUCGAAUGA